AUGGAUUUAAUAAAUGAUGUUUGGACAAUUAUUGGAGCUAAUGAUGAAAGUGUAAAUACAGGAAAUUCUGUAUCCUUUAAUACAGUAAUUGGACUUAAGCAUCAAGCGACGGAAAUAUGUUUACAUUCUCAUAGUACGAGUUAUGGAGUCACACCCAAAUCCAAAUAUCAGCAAGUGACACUCAGUUCGGGUAGAAAUGUUAACGAUGAUUGGCAAAUUAGGCGUUUUGGUCCUGACGCUUCCUAUAGUCGUUUGCUGAAUGGAGACGUAAUUAGUCUUUUCCAUAUUAGUACUGGUAAACCAGCACUUUACAGUCAUCCCGUUCUAUUGGAUGACGGAAGUCAAGAGUGGCUCAUUAAAUUAAUUGAAUGA